AUGAAUUAUAUAGUUGUUUUAGUUAUUUUUGUUAUUACUCUUUAUUUCUUUAAUAAUGAUAGAAAGAGUAAAAUCAAUUCUAAAAUACCAGGUCCAAUUGGUUUACCAGUUUUAGGUCAUGUUUUGUAUAUGACUGGAGAUAUCCAUUUACAAUUUCAAAAAUGGUUCAAACAGUAUGGCACUAUCUUUAGAGUUAGAGUGGGUGUACAUGAAACUGUUGUAAUUACAGGUUAUCCAACACUUAGAAAGGCAUUCAUUGAAAAUUCAGAAGCAUUUGCAAGCAGAUGGCAACCAAAUAGCAGAUACUUUGCAAAUCAAUUUGGAGAAAUGGCAUUUUUAAAUGGUGAAAAACAUGCUCUUUUAAAGAAAGUAGUAUUAAGUGAAAUGACUACAGUUAGAAUUAAAAAAAUGGAAGAUCAUAUAAAAAAAGAAUGUGAAAAGUUAAUCAAGUUAUUCGAUCAACAUGCAGAUAGUAAUGAACCUUUUGAAAUCAAUAGUUAUUUACAUAUGUUUUCAUUGAACAUAAUCCUUAGAUUUUUAUUCGGUGUAGAUUAUCCAUAUGAUAAGGUUUCACAAACUGAAGGUAUAAUCAAAGCAAUUAUGGACUUCUUUUUAGUUGCUGGUACUCCUGUAGUCUCUGACUUUAUUCCAUGGAUCAAGCCAAAUCCUAAACAUCCAUUUUUUGUUACCUACAACAAGCUCGCUGAAGAAACAGAUGUUUUAAUCAAAAAGUAUCAAAAGACCAAACAAGAAGAAAUAGAAAACGGUACCUUUUUAGAAGAAAAUGAAACAAUAGUUGGUGGUUUAGUUAAAGAAUACGAAAAAGGAAAUAUCAGUUGGGGUAAUGUAACUCAUACUGCAAUUGAUAUGGUUUCAGCUGGUAGUGAUACAAGUGCCAAUACAAUGAUCUUUUGUUUAAUCGAACUCAUUAACCAUCCAGAUAUUCAAUCUAAAUUAAACAAUUGUAUUUCAACUUCAAUUUUUCCAAAUGAAACUGUAAUUACCCAUAGUAAAUAUCGUUCAUCUAUUCAAUAUUUAACAAUGGUAAUGAAAGAAACCUUCCGUAUGUACCCCAUUGGACUUUUAGGUAUUCCACAUGUAACAUCAGUUGAUGUAGAAGUUGAAGGUGUCAAAAUUGCUGCAGGAACUCAAGUAUUCCAAAAUAUCUAUGCUUCACAUAGAUGCGAAGAAUUCUUUAGUAGUCCAAAUGAAUUUAUACCAGAAAGAUUUAUGGAAUCAUCAAAUUUAAAUUACGGUAGCCAAACAAACCUUGUUCAUUUUGGAAUCGGUGUAAGAGACUGUAUUGGUAAAUCAUUAGGUGAAACAGAAAUUUUUACAUUAUUAUCAACUCUAAUUAACAGAUACGAAUUUAUUAACCCAGAUCCAUCAAAACCAUUAAAUGAUGUUGGCUCUUUUGGUUUAACAUACCAACCACCAAGAACAAAGGUAUUACUUAAAAAAAGAUAA